GCUCUGAAACUGAAGUUUCCAAGCAAGUUUGCAGAUCCCGUAAUACAACCUUUAGUAGAGUUUGCAUGGCAUGAAUAUUUACAGGAGAAAAAGAAGGAACUGAGGGGUGAGGUGUGGGCGUACACCUCCUCGGUGAUGUGCUUCAUCGGCGGCCAGCUGCUGGGGGACGAGAAGGAGCUGCUCAAGUGGUCUUACCAUGAGUGGGACUAUCGCGACUUUAAGCCCGAGGCACUUUACCAAGCGAUUGCUGAGGAUUUCUACACCAAAUACCUGAAAAACAGCCAGCACGUGUUCGUGUACCUGGAGAUAGCCAUUGAGGAGCAGCCCGUCGGGAGGCUGCUCUUUGAGCUCUUUUCGGACGCGUGCCCCAGGACCUGUGAGAACUUCCGCGCCUUGUGCGCCGGAGGAGCAAGGUCUCCCUGCAGUGGCCGAGAGCUCACCUACAAAAACUCCCUUUUCCAUCGCCUUGUGAAAAAUGGGUGGAUCCAAGGAGGAGACAUCAUAACUGGAGAGGGAGACGGAGGAGAGUCCAUUUAUGGUCCCACCUUUGAAGCAGCUUUUCAGGCACACCGCAAGCACCGCUGCCAGCGGCGACGUGACUCUGCGGAUGGAAGAGGAGUCCUUGGGAUGGCCAACAAGGGCCGCCACAGCAACGCCUCCCAGUUCUACAUCACCCUCCAGCCAGCCCCCUACCUCGACAGAAAAUACGUGGCUUUUGGGCAACUGAUCGAGGGCACGGAGGUGCUCCAGAGGCUGGAAGUCGUACCUACGUACAACGAAAGGCCUGCGGUAGCCUGCAAGAUUAUUAACUGUGGGACCUUCGAGCUGUGA